AUGAAUGCUGGGACGAUGCGAUGGACACUGGUACUUGUUUUUGACCACGACCAAGUGCUCCUCGAAGACACACUGGCAGUUGCUGGCUCCAUUCCCAAAAUUGGUGAACGGCCUUUGAGAAUCCCACGAUCCCCCGCGUUGACAGCUGUGUACACAGCAUACCUCUGCCGACGUGAGAGGAGGGGCUCCGCAUACUUCUCCACGUCUCAGUACACAGUCUUGCUCAUCUUGCUCAUAUCGAGCUCUGCUGAGACAUCGGGAUCCCGUGAAACCCAACCCUUCGGCGUCGAAGUACCUCUACGCUAUUUUUGUUAA